GUUUACCAUUCGACAGCAACGAGUUCGAUUAUAUUUUUAUGAGACAUAUGCUUGCUGCAUUAAAGAAGGACCAAUGGGAUCCAUUAUUUCGUGAAAUAAUGAGAAUAUUAAAACCUGGUGGUGUUCUUGAAUCUGUAGAGUUUGAGUGGUAUGGUCAUUCAAUGGGUCCGGUCCAUACUCAAUUUGUAGCAAAAUGGUUCGAAAUGACAUCAAAAUCAAGGGAAAUGGAUUUCCAAUUUACUUCAAAACUCGAACAAACAAUUAAAAAUGUGGGAUUUCAAAACGUGAAUGGUAUUCGUAAAAUCGUGCCUCUUGGAAAAUGGGAUGAAAAAGUUGGCAGAGUUAGUGAAAUAUGGACUUCAAAUUUAGCUGAAAUGGCCGCUGGUAUGAAAUCAUUAUCAUCCCAAAUUAUGGAAAUCACAGAAGAAGAAUGGACGGAUUUGCGCUAG